AUGCCGCCGCAGGCCCUGUUAAGAAUGCAGCUCUUAUGCAUUAACCCAGUAGGCCCUAAGAUUAAGGAGCUCGGCGACAAAAUCAACACUAAGUUCGCAGGAGUUAACGAGAGGUUAGGGGCUGCCACUAAGGGCGCCAAAGUCACGCUUGCAAGAGCCAACUCUGCCCUCGAGAAAGCCGAGAAGGCAAAGGCCGAUUCUGGCCAAGCACUUAACAAGCACGCUUCCGCUUCCUCCACAAUAGCCAACUUACGGGCUGAGGUCAGCGCACUCAAACCGCGUAACGCGACUGCAAGCACAAUCGCCAACCCGUUCGCUGGAAUCGGCGCGGACGCGGACUCCGUCGAUAUCAUGGACCUUCUCGGCACUCCUGAAGCUUCUCGACCUUCCAGCGCACAGAAGCCGACCACGACCAGGGCCACGGGUAGUCCGGCGCAGUGA